AUGGCGCACUCGGCGGCCACCGCCACCGCCACCGCCGCCGCCGCCACCGCCGCGCCGCCGGAGCAGGGCUGCCCCAUCCGCGUGGAGCACGACCGGCAGCGCCGCCAGUUCACCGUCCGCCUCAACGGCUGCCAUGACCGGGCCGUCCUGCUCUACGAGUAUGUGGGCAAGCGGAUCGUGGACCUGCAGCACACCGAGGUCCCCGAUGCCUACCGCGGCCGAGGCAUCGCCAAGCACCUGGCCAAGGCCGCCCUGGACUUCGUGGUGGAGGAGAACCUGAAAGCUCACCUCACGUGCUGGUACAUCCAGAAGUACGUCAAGGAGAACCCCCUGCCACAGUACUUGGAGCGCCUGCAGCCAUGACCGCGCCCAGGGGCGGGCACAGACUGAGUUGUUCCUGCGGGGUGGGCGGGGGGCGUGCAUCCGCAGGCCCCCAGUCAGGCUCCCGGAGGCAGCUGGCUGAGGAUGGGCUACGUGCCUGGGGAGCAGGCCGAGGGGCGUCCAAGGCUCCCAGUGGCCCGCGGACCCCAGCCUGCCGCCGUGCAGGACCCCACCCCCCCCACCCUGGGCCGGCCUGGGUCCCGCCCUCUGUGACCACCCCCUCCCCUCGGGGCUGUCUUGUCCUUGCUCGAACCAGGAGGACAGCCCCUGGAGCCAAAAGGAGCAAUAAGAAACCUCGCGUGCCAACUUCCGAGGGCGGUCACGCCGCGCCCCGGCUCACCAGCGCUCACCACCUCUCCAUCCCACGCCCACGCCCACCCCCGCCUUUCCAGAAUCCUGUGUCCGGGCAGGUGCCGCGCGGCCAGAGCCAGCGCCCACGGACGCUGUUUAAGAGCCAAGGGGAGCCGGGACUGAGCGCCAGCCCAGGCUCAGCCGCGCGCACUCACACACGCACAUGCACGCACGCACACACGCGAACACGCGGGACUUGGAGGUCCCCGCCCCCACCGGCCCAUCCACCAGGAGCCAGCUCCAGGGGCUGAGCUCAGGCGGCUGCGGGGCCCCAGGAUACC